CAUUUUGCUAACCUAUAAAAUGUUGGAAAACAUAAAUUAAGCAGAAAAAAAAUUUUAAACUAUCUUUAAUUUGAUUAAUAUACGUUCUAAUAUAACACAUUUAAAAAUGGAACAAAACGAAAAUGUGUAUAGAAAAAUGCUUGCAGCUACUGUAUCUAACAUUCUUUUAGAAACUGGUUUUGAUAUAUGUGAUAAAGAAUCAUUAGGAUCUUUAACUGAAAUGCUGCAGUGUUUUUUAUGUGAGAUUGGAUCUGUCAGUAAAAAUUAUUGUGAAUUAUCUAGUAGAAGUGAGCCCCUAAUUGCUGAUGUAAUUUUAGGAUUUGUUGAGAUGGGCUUUGAUUUCAGUGGUUUAGAUAAAUUUGCAAAGAGUUUUAAACAUGGUACAUUACCCUCUCUACAACCCCAACAGCCCCAAAAGCAACUUAGUAUGUUACAUGCAGGCACAAAACAGCAACUUCCGAAUUACAUUCCACAUCAUUUACCUCCUUUUCCAGAUCCACAUGCUUAUAUUAGAACCCCUACACACAAACAGCCAGUUAUUGAUUAUGAAGCAAUUAGAGAAAAGGCGGCUAUACAGAAAAAAGAUAUUGAGAGAGCACUAACAAAAUUCUUGGCAAAAACCAAUCCAACUCAUAAUUUAUUUGACAAUGAUGAAUCUAAUAUUUUUCCAUUAAUAGCAUGUAAACCAGCUUUCCCUCCUUAUCUAAGUGCGCUCUUGCUCUCAGAUCAAGUAUUUGAUGCAGAGGACUUGGAAUAUGAUCCUAAAACUCAGGACCAGAAUCAGCCACCCAAAAAGAAACAAAAGUCUGAUAGCAGUGUAUCUGAUGAAAACAAAACAAAUGAAAAAGCUACUGAAAAUAUUACUAUUAAAACUGAGGAAAAGGAAGCACCUAAUUGGGAAAUUGAUAAUCCAUAUUUAGCAGCAACAAAGAUGCCAAUUAAAAAUGAAAUUUAGUUUUUUAAUAAACUGUAUAUUAUUUGCAUAUUUA